UAUAUGGACACCAAAUGUGGACAAUAAUAAUGAUAAUCACCAGAAAGUGGGUCUAAAACCAGUCAUGUUCUCCAUAUAUGGCGGAGCACUGAGUAUGGGAUCAAUAUUUCAAGACUUUUACAACUCUUCAGUGUUGGCCACCAAUUAUGUGGUUGUGGUUGCGGUUAACUAUAGGGUCGGGCCGUUGGGGUUCCUCUACGGCGGCGAUCAGACAGCGCCCGGAAAUGUGGGCUUUUAUGACCAGUUAUUAGGACUCAAAUGGGUUAGAGAAAACAUACAUAAGUUUGGCGGAGAUAAGGACCAGAUUACUAUAUUUGGUGUGAGUGCCGGCAGUUGGUCCGUAUCGGCACACAUAUUGUCUCCCCUAUCAAAA